UCGGGACGCGCUGCAACUCUCCUUUUGUUAUUCAUGAGGAAAGGAAACUUUGUGGCGGAGUGAAAUACUCCCGGACCGCCAACACUAUCGAGUUGGAUAACUUGGAUGUUUUCUGGAUGGAGUUGUGAAUCUCCCGUGAAAGAUCUGGAGCUUUAGACGAGCUGUGGCAGCGUGGAGCGUUCAACAUGCCCUAAUAAGAGUCAAUGAUUCAUUAUUCACUCAAUGAUAUAAUAAAGUCACUGUACUGGAUUGAGAGAGAUUCAUCACGCAAAGGGAUUUUCAGUGGGCUGUGUAUGUAAAGGACAGCGGGACUUCUACUCGAGCGUGUCAGACGGACCCGUGACUCCUGGGAAGGAAGAUGGCGAGCGUGAGCACGCUGUCAGAGGCCUCGGAGGGCGGAGACAACAACCAGUUCACUGACAUCAUCAAAUGGAGAUCAGACGAACACGAUGCCGUACAGAAGAAGACCUUCACCAAGUGGAUCAACGCUCAGUUCUCCAAGAUGUGGCGGUUCAGCUGCCAGAUAAGAAGUCCAUCAUCAUGUAUGUGACCUCACUCUUCGCUGUGUUCCCCAAUGACAUCACACUGGAUGACAUCAGAGAGGUGGAGACGCUGCCCCGACGCUUUAAGGUGGAGCACGAUGAGGAACAUGCUGGAUUGUCUGCAGAGCCGGAGGAGGUGAGCAGCACGCCGACCGAGGCCGAGGUCGAGGUGAAUCUGGACACGUAUCAGAUGACCCUGGAGGAGGUGCUCACCUGGCUGCUGUCGGCCGAAGACACGCUGCACAUGCAGGACGACGUGUCCGACGACGUGGAGGAGGUCAAAGACCAGUUCCACACACACGAGGCCUUCAUGAUGGAGUUGACGGCCCACCAGAGCAGCGUGGGUAACGUGCUACAGGCGGGAAACCAGCUGAUCGCGCAAGGCAAUCUGAGCGAGGAAGAGGAGGACGAGAUCCGAGAACAGAUGACACUGCUCAACUCCCGCUGGGAAAACCUGCGGGUCGCCAGCAUGGACCGCCAGUCCAGGCUUCACGAGGUUCUCAUGGACCUUCAGCAGCAGCAGCUCCAGCAGCUCUCUGAUUGGCUGACGCAGACCGAGGGGCGGAUCCGGAAGAUGGAGACGGAGCCAAUAGCAGGAGACAUGGAGGGAUAUCUGGCACAGAUAGAGCAGCACAAAGUGCUGCAGAAUGAUCUGGAGGUGGAGCAGGUGAAGGUGAACUCUCUCACGCACAUGGUUGUAGUUGUGGACGAGAACAGUGGGGAGAGCGCCACCGCUGCCCUGGAGGACCAACUGCAGUCACUGGGGGAGCGCUGGGCGGCAGUGUGUCGCUGGACGGAGGAACGCUGGACCAAACUGGAGGAAAUGCAGCUGGUGUGGCAGCGACUGCUUGACGACCAGAGUUUGUUCGGAUCAUGGCUGUCAGAAAAGGAGAAGGCCUUGAUUGAAGUUCAGACUUGUGAUUUUAAAAACCCCAGUGAAAUAAAUGGCAGCGUCCGCAGAUUAGCCAGUCUUAAGGAGGACAUGGCCCAGAAGCGGAGGACCCUGAGUGCUCUGUCAGAUGCUGGACAGGACGUGAUGUUGCUGUUAGACAGUCCAGCCGCAGCUCGGAGGAUCGAGACAGACACAGACCAAUUGACCCAACGCUGGGACAACCUGGUCCAAAAACUGGAGGACUGCUCCAGCCAGGUGAGCGAAGCGGUGUCUGUGUCCGGGAUGUCCCAGGUACAGGAGAGGUUUGUCAUGGAGACAGUCACAACUGUAACGACACGGAUGGAGCAGACCUUCACGGGCAGCGACCGAGAGCUUCCUCCACCCGCCCCACCCAAACGACGGCAUCUCGAUACAGACGGCGAGCUCAGGAGACUAGCUGAAACCGAUGUUCCCAAGCUUUUGUCUCAGCUGGCUGCAUGGAAAUCAUCCGCCGGAGCUGCUGGAGACUCGCCUGUCCUGAAGGAAAAACUACAGGUCCUGGGGGUGGAGCUUGCUGAAAAUGAGGCUCUGGUGAAAGAGAUGGUGGAGAAUGGAGAGAAGAUGAUUGGACAGUUGGAGAAAGAGGGCCUGUCUGCAGAGGUGGCCCGUUCUGGCCUGGAGUCUGUGUGUAGGGAAUGGGAGAGCUGCCAGAACCUGAUCCAGGAGCUGAGGAACCGAGCUCACGUUCUAGAGCGGGUGUCGUCGGUUCUAUCAGGACUGAAGGCUGCCGACGGAGUCCUGCAGGAACAGGAUAAAUGGUUGAUCUCCUCGAAAGACUUUAGAGCAAAAGACAACCAGCAGGAACUCCAGACACUCAGAGACGACUGUGAGGCUCGAGUAGCAGAGCUGGAAAAGCUUCAGCCGCAGGUGGAAGAUCUCUGUGAUCAUACGGAGCGUCUGGCCGCAGAACCCGGUGUUCCUGAUACCAUGAGGCCCAGUGUGACGGCGCUGGCGUCCCGCCACAGCUCGACCGUUCAAGAGCUCAAGACACGGCAGCAGGACAUCACCACAGUGUUGUCGGAGCUGCUGGAGUCCAGAGCGCUGGAGCAGAUCCAGACCAGACUGAACACAAUCAGCACUGACAUCACAGACAUAACCUCUGCUGAACGGGCACUCCUUAAAGCUCAGGCUCUCCACGCUGAGAUCGAGCAGCAGCGGCUGAAGGCGUCGGAGACGGAGGAGCAGUGCUGGACCCAACUCUCCUCUGCCGCCCUGGACCAGAUCAGCGUGCUGCAGUGCAUUCUGGGUAGCAUGAAGGACACACAGGUGAAGAGUGAGGAGGUGCAGCGCUGGCUGGAUGCGGUCGAGGAGCUUCUGUCUCGAGACGCCGGCGGAUUCAGUCGCGGGGACAAACUGCAGGAGGAACUCAGCCAGUGCAAGGAGUUGGUGAGUGAGAUGGAGAGCGUGGACUCGUCCUUGAAGCAGAUUGCAGAGAACGUGUCGGCUGUCCAGCAGAGUUCGACACCGGCUCUGAUCCGCUGGGGACAGGAGGAGUUAGACCGCAGUCAGAGACGCUGGGACGAGCUCAGUAAACAGUUGUUGAGGCGUGAUGAGCGUGUGAGUGAAGGUCAGGAGAAAGUGACGAAUAUGAAGAAAGACGUGGCGGAGAUGCGCGAGUGGAUGAUUCAAGUGGACGAGGAGUUCCUCAUGAGAGACUUUGAGUACAAGAGCCCAGAGGAGCUGGAGGAGGCGCUGCAGGAGAUGAAGAGAGCUAAAGAGGAUGUGUUGCAGAAGGAAGUGCGUGUGAAGAUCCUGAAGGACAGCAUUAAUGUGUUGCUCAGUAAGACGCCCUCUAGUGGUGGUGCCGACCUAAGCCCUGAGCUCACUGAAGUCCUGCAGAACUACCAGAAACUGUGUGAUCGCUUCAAGAGCAAGUGCCACACACUUGAGGAGGUGUGGUCCUGCUGGAUCGAGCUGCUGCAGUAUCUGGAUGUGGAGUCUGGCUGGUUGAACUCGCUAGAGGAGAAGGUUCACGCCACCGAGAGCAUCCCGGAAAACACAGAGUCCAUUAGCGCAGCUCUGGAGGCGUUGGAGUCUGUUCUGCGACACCCGGGGGAUAACAGGACUCAGAUUCGAGAGCUGGCUCAGACUCUCAUAGACGGAGGGAUUCUGGACGAACUCAUCAGCGAGAAGCUGGAGACUUUCAACUCGCGCUACGACCAACUGACCCAGCUGGCUGCUGCACGUCAGAUGUCUCUGGAGCAACAGUUGGGGACUCUGAGGGAGAACGAGACGGCCUUACACACACUACAGACGUCUCUCACACAGCUGGACCAGACACUCACGUCUUACCUCACAGAUCGCAUCGACGCCUUCCAGCUGCCGCAGGAAGCUCAGGCCAUUCAGGCUGAGAUCACGGCCCAUGAGGCCACACUGGAAGAUCUGAGGAGGAGGAACGUGGGAAACGUGCCUUCGACCGCACCAGAGGGCAAACCAGUGCGAGCAGGAACCCAACUGGAGCAGUUACAGCGUAAGCUCCGCGAGAUUAGCACGAAAUACCAGCUGUUCCAGAAACCGGCCAACUUUGAGCAGCGAAUGCUGGACUGCAAGAGGAUUCUGGACAGCGCUAAAGCUGAGCUUCACAUCCUGGACUUGAAGGACACACAGCCAGAGGAGAUACAGACACACCUGAGCGGAUGCAUGAAGCUGUAUAAGAUCUUGAGCGAGGUCAAGCUGGAGGUGGAGACCGUGAUUAAAACAGGAAGACAGAUCGUACAGAAACAGCAGACGGAGAAUCCUAAAGGAAUGGAUGAACAGCUCACUGCCCUCAAAUUACUCUACAACGAGCUGGGAGCUCAGGUGACUGAGGGUAAGCAGGAUUUGGAGAAGGCGUUGUGUGUGUCUCAGCGACUGCAGAAGGACAGCGCCGCCCUGCAGGCCUGGAUGAAACACACUGAGGCUCAGCUGAAGGAGAAGCUCGACACAGGAGACAUGCCUGCGGACAUCGACUCCGAGAUCACAUGGGCCAACGGCCUGCUGAAGGAGUCCGAGCGCAGGAAGAGCGAUCUGUGUGUGGUGACGGAGAACAGCGCCGCCCUGCAGGCGUUAGUGGAGGGCAGUGACGCUCAGCUGGAGGAGCAGCUGUUCCAGCUCAACGAGGACUGGGAACGAGUGCACACGCUGGUCGAGGACUGGCUCAGCGCUGUUCUGAAUCACAGACGUGAGGUGGAGAUGUUCGAUGAGAAUUUGGCUCAUAUCAGCACAUGGCUCUAUCAGACUGAGAUACGACUGGAUGAGAUGGAGAAGAAACCUGCAGCUGAGAAAGAGAGAAUGACCAAGGCUGUGUUGUGUGAGUUGGAGGGCAUGAGUGCUCGUGUGGACAGUGCUCGUGAUCAGGCAGUGAUGUUGAUGACCAGCAGGGGUCCUGCAUGUAGAGAACUGGUGGAGCCCAAACUGGACGACCUCAACCGCACCUUCCACAAGGUGGCGCAGCACAUCAGCUCUGCUCAGGUGUCUGCUGGUCUGGAGGUCACACAGGAUCCACAGCAGGAGCUGGUUGACGCUGGAUCUGCUCCUCUUCGCUCCUCCUCACAGCUGCCGCUGUUUGAGUCAGACAUACAGACUACUGUCAGAGCACUGGAGCAACAGGAGCAAACACACACACCUGACGACCAGAGGGAGCUUCAUAUCAUCAGAUCGCAGCCAGUUGCUGAAGUGCUUUUGGAGUCAUCGCCUUCUCCUCCGCAGAGAUCAGAGUCAUCCCUCUCUCCUCAGGACGAGGGCAGCGCAUCCGUCUCCCCGUCCGACUAUCUGCUGGACAUUAAUAAGGUUCUGCUGGCUAUGGCCGACAACGAGCUGCUCCUGAACUCCUCGGAGCUCAGCGGAGGGAUGUUUGAGGACUUCUCCAGCCAGGAGGACACACUCAAGAAUAUAAAGGAGAGUUUGGAGCGGUUGGGCGAGCAGGUUGAAGUGAUUAAUGAGCGCCAACCCGAUGUGAUUCUGGAAGCUUCCAGACAGGAAAUGGCACAGAUAUCUGAUGCCCUGACACAACUGAACUCAGAGUGGGACAGAGGCAACCGCAUGUACAGCCAGAGGAAAGGGUGUUUUGACAGAGCUGUGGAGGAGUGGAGGCAGUUCCACCGUGACAUGAACGAUCUCUCGCAGUGGCUGAGCGACACCGAACAGAUCCUGGCGGACGGGAUCGGACCGGACGGGGAACUGGACCUCGAUCGCGCUCGGGGGCAUCAACAGGAUCUGGAGGAGGGUUUGGCCUCUCAUCAGUCUGUGAUGGUGGUUUUGAGCGGGUCAGGAGAGCACAUCAUCGGUCAGGUGUCGACCCCGGACGCCGCUCUGCUGCAGGACAAGCUGGACACGCUGAGACACCGAUGGACACGCGUCCAGAGACAAGUGUGCGACCGCCAGCGCAGGUUGAUGGGUGGAGAUCCGGUCUUGAUGGAUGUGUUUCAGCGGACGGCUGGGCUGACCCAGUGGCUGGAGCGCACAGAGGUUGCCGUGGCGACGCUGCCCGUUUCCGCCACGGACGACAACCUCAGAGAGCUCAAGGCCUUAACGGAGGAGAUGGAUGGUCAGAAUGAGACGUUGUCAUGGCUGAAUAAAAUCGGCUCUCAGAUCUUGUCAAGCUCCAGUCUGAGUCCUCAGGACAGAGACCUUCAUGUGAAUAAAAUAAGGCAGAUCAACAUCAGUUGGAGUAAAGUGAGUGGUAAGUUGCUGGAUAAGGUGCGUGAGGUGGAGGGCCGUCUGCAGACGCACACGCAGGUCCAGGACGAGACCCGGCUGCCGUCCUACGGCCAGUUCCAGGAGCGCAUGAACAGACUGGGAGACUGGGUUUACAUCUCCAGCCAGUCUCUGAGUGACGUCACACCCACCGAGAGACAGGUUGUGGAAAUGUCCAUGCGAGAGCAGAAGCGAGAGCUGGAGGAGUUGUUGUCUUACUCUAUUGAGCUCCAGAGGAAACAGAUACUGUUACCCCAGGAAAAGAGUAAAAUCGAACAGCUGGCUGCAGAUUGGAAAGCUCUGGACGUCAGGUUGAAGGAGACGCCUCUGUCUCCAUGGACGAAACAAGUGUCCAUGACGAGUGUGCCGUCUGCCGUUCACAUGGUCAGUCUGCUGAGCGAGGAGCGCCGUCACAGCCCAGAGCAGGUGGGCCCGACCGAUCUCAACCAGACGGCCACGGAGCUGGCGGACUGGCUCCUCCUCAUCCACCAGAUGCUCAAAUCCAGCAUCGUCACAGUGGGAGACAAAGAGGAGAUCCGCACCACCAUCGGCCGCCUGCAGGUGACUAAGGGAGAUCUAGAGCAGAGACAUCCACAGCUGGAAGACAUCAUCACUCUGGCACAAAACAUCAAGAACAAAACCUCCAACCUAGAUGUGCGAACCUCCAUCUCAGAGAAGCUGGAGAAGGUCCGCAGCCAAUGGGACAACACCCAGUACGGCGUGGAGGCGCGGCUUCUGCAGCUGGAUCACAUGAUCGGCCACAGCGACCAAUGGGAGGAGCAGAGGCGGAAUGUGAAGGCCCUUAUUGGUCAAAACGAGAUGCAUUUCAACAACCUGCUGCAACAGAGCCGAGAGCCGCUCACCAAACAGAUCAGCGACAACAAGGCGUUCCUGCAGGAGCUGGGUCGAGGACAGGAGUGUGUGACGUCCUUUAAUGAGCUGUCCAAUCAGCUUCUGCAGGAAUAUGCAGCUGAUGACACGCGCAAGGUCAAAGAGCUCAUGGACAAACUCAACAACGCUUGGAACGGCGUCAAUAACAGGGCGUCCGACCGCCAGGCCGCUCUGGAUGCGGAGCUCAAGAGCCUGCAGACGUCCCUCCGUGAGCUCGAGUCCUUCCUGAAGUGGCUCCAGGAGGCGGAGACUACAGUCAACGUGUUAGCAGGCUCCGCCCAGAGGGAGGGGCUCUCACAGGACUCCGCCCACAUCAAGGAGCUGAAGGCUCAGCUCGAGGACAUCCAGGCGGAGAUCGAGGCUCAUAAUGAUGUUUUCAGGAGUGUGGAGGGGAAUAAGAUGAAGAUGGUGAAGGCUCUGGGGAGCUCAGAGGAGGCAGUAUUUCUCCAGCAGAGACUGGAUGACAUGAACCAGCGCUGGAACGACCUGAAGGCCAAAUCUGCCAAUAUACGGGCUCAUCUGGAGGCCAGUGCUGAGCGCUGGAACAGGCUUCUGUCAGUACUGGAGGAACUGGGGCGCUGGAUCAGUGUGAAGGAUGAGGAGCUGAACAAACAGAUGCCCAUCGGAGGAGACGUGCCCACACUCCUGCAGCAGCAGAUCCACUGCACGGCUCUGAGGGCGGAGCUUAUGGAGCGUGAGCAUGUAGUACUCAGCUCAUUGGAUCAGGCACACAUGUUUCUGGCCGAUCAGCCAAUCGAAGGACCCGAAGAGCCACGCAAGAACCUGCAACCCAAAACUGAGCCGACCCCGGAGGAGAAGGCCCAGCAGGUGGCGAAGGCUAUCCGUAAGCAGACCGCAGAGGUGAGUGAGCGCUGGGACAGGCUGAUGGGACACGCGGGCACCUGGCAAGAGCAGGUGGAGAGAGCGCUAGAUAAACUCCAGGACCUCCAGAGCUCCAUGGACCAACUGGACCUGCGUCUAGCCCGGGCCGAGGAGCUCAAGGCAGGAUGGCAACCCGUGGGAGACCUUCUCAUAGAUUCCCUACAGGAUCACAUCGAAAGGACAACGGCGUUUCGUGAGGAGACUGCUCCUCUGAAGCAGGAUGUUCGAGCUGUGAAUGAUCUGGCAGGUCAGCUGACCCCCCUGGACGUCCAGCUGUCCUCCACCACCAGCCGCCAGUUAGACAACCUCAACAUGCGCUGGAAACUACUGCAGGCGUCUGUAGAGGACAGGUUGAAGCUCUUACGGGAAGCACACAGGGAUUUUGGACCUUCCUCUCAACACUUCUUAUCCACUUCAGUGCAGACGCCCUGGCAGAGAGCGGUGUCCCAAAAUAAAGUGCCCUACUACAUCAAUCAUCACAGUCAGACGACAUGCUGGGACCAUCCUAAGAUGACGGAGCUGUAUCAUUCUCUUUCGGACCUCAACAAUGUGCGCUUCUCCGCGUACAGGACGGCUAUGAAGAUCCGCCGGCUACAGAAAGCCCUCUGCUUGGAUCUGCUGGAUCUGAGUGUGGCUCAGGCCAUGUUCCAGCAACACAAGCUGACGCUGAACUCGCAGCAGCUGACGGUCCCUGAGGUCAUCAACUGCCUGACCUCUGUGUAUGACGGACUGGAGCAGGAACACAAAGACCUGGUCAACGUCCCGCUGUGUGUGGACAUGUGUCUCAACUGGCUGCUCAAUGUCUACGACACGGGUCGCAGCGGGAAGAUCCGAGUUCUGUCGAUGAAGAUUGGGCUCCUUUCUCUCUGUAAGGGUCACCUGGAGGAGAAAUACAAAUGUCUGUUUAAUCAGGUGUCGUCGGCGGGCGACACGUGUGAUCAGAGGCAGUUGGGUCUCCUGCUGCAUGAUGUCAUCCAGAUCCCGAGACAGCUGGGAGAAGUGGCGGCCUUCGGCGGGAGCAACAUCGAACCCAGCGUCCGCAGCUGCUUCCAGCAUGUGCCCAAUAAGGUGGAGCUGGAGCCGAGGCAGUUUGUGGACUGGAUGAGGCUGGAGCCGCAGUCGAUGGUCUGGCUGCCGGUCCUGCACAGAGUGGCUGCGGCAGAGACGGCCAAACACCAGGCCAAGUGCAAUAUCUGUAAAGAGUUCCCCAUUGUGGGCUUCAGAUAUCGCAGUUUGAAGCACUUCAACUAUGACGUUUGCCAGAGUUGUUUCUUCUCCGGUCGCACGGCGAAGGGUCAUAAACUCAACUACCCAAUGGUGGAGUACUGCACACCGACCACCUCAGGAGAAGACAUGCGGGAUUUCACCAAAGUCUUAAAAAACAAGUUCCGCUCAAAGAAGUAUUUCGCGAAGCACCCUCGCCUGGGAUACCUGCCCGUCCAGACGGUCCUGGAAGGAGACAACAUGGAGACUCCGGUCACUCUCAUCAGCAUGUGUCCGGAGCAGUACGAGCUAUCUCCGUCGCCACAACUCCCUCAUGACGACACGCACUCACAGAUAGGGAAGUACGCCAGCAGGUUGGCCCAGAUGGAGCGCUCCAACGGCUCUCUGCCCACCGACAGCAGCUCGGCCACUGGAAGCAUGGAUGAGGAACACACUUUAAUCCUGCAGUACUGUCAGACUUUGGGAGGGGAGGGCUCAUCUUUUAGCCAGCCCCCAACCCCUGCCCACAUCUCCCAGAGCCCCGCCCACAACGUCCACAGCCCCGCCCACCUGCUCCAGAGCCCCGCCCAGAUCCUGCAGGCCGUGGAGAGGGAGGAGCGCGGAGAACUGGAGCGGAUCAUCGCACGACUGGAGGAGGAGCAGCGGGGCCUGCAGAGGGAGUACGAGCAGUUGCGGCAGCAGCACGUUCACUCCGGCGCGGGAGCCGCGGCUGCUAGCGGAGCGCCUGAGGAAGCGGACCUGUUAGCUGAAGCUAAACUCCUGCGACAGCACAAGGGCCGGCUGGAGGCCCGCAUGCAGAUACUGGAGGACCACAACAAGCAGCUGGAGUCACAGCUCUACCGCCUACGCCAGCUGCUACAUCAGCCUGAGUUAAACGGCACGUCGUCCUCCGGCUCUCUCCAUCAGGAUACAGCGGGACAUCCCGAGCUCUCAGAUGAGUUUCUCCGUCAGUAUGCUAACAGUAACUCUGAUCUGGCUGAGGUUAUGGAACAGAUUAACCACAGUUUUCCUGCAUGCUCUCCAUCAAGUGUGUCCUCAAGGCCGAAGGUGAUGUGAAGGUUUUCAGCGAAAGAGCAAGAAGUCUAACUCGACAUGACAAGAAGAUUCCCAUUCCGUAGAUGCAGAUUCCCAAGACAAGAGGUGUUGAUCCUCAAACCCAAAGACUCUGGAACAGAACCACACCGUUCAUUCAAUGGAUAUUACUACUGCGUCUGUCUGUACUAUGCAAGUGUACAUUUGAUCCACAUGUAGAUUGUACGUGAGGUGUAUCUGCCCAUUGUUUUAAUACUCGGAUGAUUAUUUAGGGUUAUGGGGGCCAUUUAUCGUGUAACCUGUACGCUUUUAUUUCUGUUCGCCGAGGAACCACACAUAUCCUACAUGCAGCUCACAUCAGUUGCCGUUCAAAUGGUUUAGUCGGAAACGUCAUAGACAUGAGCAGACAUGAAGACGAGUCGGUCUGGUAAUGCUAAACUGUUAGCGCAUGUCGCCCCCAGCGUUAUUCUGUUGGAGUUUUAGCCUGUUUUGACCGUGUUUGCCGUGAAUUCUCCCUUUAAAGCAUCGUUUUGACAGUUUGUGCCACUGGCAGCCGCGCAUCCGAACCCUCACUGCAUUUCUAGAGCGCACGCACAGAUGAUGUACGACACACACGCUACAAUGCGUCGGAAAUACCCUUUUGUGCCUAUAAAGCAUCCAUUCCAGGAGAGACGAGUGGCCGAGAGAUGCCGUAUUGCUCAGAAUCGGGUUGAAAGAUUAUAUUAUAAAGACAAAUGUAGGAAAUGUGGAUUUUCAGGAUGUUUGGCCCAAGAAGAUUUAUCUUUGUGUAGUCUAGUUUUAUAAAUAAAUGUUUUAAAAAUAAUAAUAAAAUUAGAGAAAGCCAUGAUUGCCUUGCUACCUCAGACAUUAUCAAUCACUUGGUGUGACUGUCGAUUGAGUUUCACUCUCCAUUUCCAAAAACAAAAGUAAGGACAUCGUCCCAUCGGCCGUUCCACAAAGCCACACGCCCCUCCCCCUUUUUUCCCAGCAGUCCUGUCAUUUUUCUCCACGGUGUAUUUGUGGUGUGCUACCUUCAGUGAAGUGUUAGAUUUGAGCAUUACUGUAACACCUGCCAAACACUGCUCUCCAGCGGACCCGAGCUAGAUCAUUAAAACCCUCCACACUACAUGUAAUGAGGUUCCACACCUUUAUUCAAAAUAAAGUUUUUAUAAUGAGUGGC